UUUGAUUUCAUUGCGCAAUUUUUAUUGGACUAUGCAUAGACUCGUUAGUCCAGCCAAAAUGUAACUCCAUAUUACCAGCCAUGUUCAGUAAGGGUGGAAACUGGACUUUUAUGGUCAGUUGACUCUCUUGCACUUUUAGUGGACACUUGUGCCUCUGUUUUGACGUUUGAACUUUGACUGCUGUGAUCUAGUGAAAUUGCAUAAUGGACAUCAUGUGUAAAUCAUCAAUCCUUGUGAAGCUGAGUCACUGCAUGGUCUGUCCCACCACUGGUAUGACCGGGGGGCUGCCAAUUAUUCAGGUCACAUUCUAGAUUACUUGUACUGUAACCAUUAUCAAAAUCCCUUUUCGAAUGGUUACCAUAACAUGUCCAUUUAUGCAUGAAUGAACGUGCAAUUUGGUGUGAAGUGUCAUUUGUGCCUUAUUUUGUUCUUAUUUUUACCUUAAAACUUUUACUGCAUCUUAUAUCUAUGAUGAAUAAUGCAUAUGUGUGAACCUCAAGAUAUGUUACGGUAUAAUGCUGAAUCCCACCAAUGUUCUCAAAAUGUGCUUGUAGAACCAAAAUCUUGUUGCCAUAUUGAAGAGUGCCUCUGUGGUCAAGCAGCCACACACACACGUGCAUGCACGUUGCUUUAUAAGUGCAAUAAUCUUGGACGCCACGUUAAACCCAAUUUCACCUCACCGCCAUAUUGAAACUCCCUGUGACCAUUACUUGACUACUUAUAUGUGUAGCCAUGUGGUAUUAAAAUAUACACAAUGAUAUGUUUACUUGAGAAUAUCAGUCUGAAGUCUCAUGCUAAAAAUUGAAAUGUAUAAAAUAUUUAGGGAGUCGGGAGUCAUAUGAAUUUUACAAAAUGUCAUAAUUUAUUACAUUAUCGUAAAGGAUGUUUUGAACAAGACAGCCAUGGCAUGUCUGAGGUUGUCAAGCUUCUGUUGUAUAUGGGCCUUGGACAGUGUAGUAACUGAGUAUCAGGUAAUAUAGGAGUUCUUGUCAAGCCUUGUGUUGUACCAUGGCCUUGGACAGUGUAGUCACUGAGUAUCAGGUAAUAAAGGAGUUCUUGUCAAGCCUUGUGUUGUACCAUGGCCUUGGACAGUGUAGUCACUGAGUAUCAGGUAAUAAAGGAGUUCUUGUCAAGCCUUGUGUUGUACCAUGGCCUUGGACAGUGUAGUCACUGAGGAUCAGGUAUUACAGGAGUUCUUGUCAAGCCUUGUGUUGUACCAUGGCCUUGGACAGUGUAGUAACUGAGUAUCAGGUAAUAUAGGAGUUCUUGUCAAGCCUUGUGUUGUACCAUGGCCUUGGACAUUGUAGUCACUGAGUAUCAGGUAAUAAAGGAGUUCUUGUCAAGCCUUGUGUUGUACCAUGGCCUUGGACAGUGUAGUAACUGAGUAUCAGGUAAUAUAGGAGUUCUUGUCAAGCCUUGUGUUGUACCAUGGCCUUGGACAGUGUAGUCACUGAGUAUCAGGUAAUAUAGGAGUUCUUGUCAAGCCUUGUGUUGUACCAUGGCCUUGGACAGUGUAGUCACUGAGUAUCAGGUAAUGUAGGAGUUCUUGUCAAGCCUUGUGUUGUACCAUGGCCUUGGACAGUGUAGUCACUGAGUAUCAGGUAAUAAAGGAGUUCUUGUCAAGCCUUGUGUUGUACCAUGGCCUUGGACAGUGUAGUCACUGAGUAUCAGGUAAUAUAGGAGUUCUUGUCAAGCCUUGUGUUGUACCAUGGCCUUGGACAGUGUAGUCACUGAGUAUCAGGUAAUAUAGGAGUUCUUGUCAAGCCUUGUGUUGUACCAUGGCCUUGGACAGUGUAGUAACUGAGGAUCAGGUAUUACAGGAGUUCUUGUCAAGCCUUGUGUUGUGCCAUGGCCUUGGACAGUGUAGUCACUGAGGAUCAGGUAAUAUAGGAGUUCUUGUCAAGCCUUGUGUUGUACCAUGGCCUUGGACAGUGUAGUCACUGAGUAUCAGGUAAUAUAGGAGUUCUUGUCAAGCCUUGUGUUGUACCAUGGCCUUGGACAGUGUAGUCACUGAGGAUCAGGUAUUACAGGAGUUCUUGUCAAGCCUUGUGUUGUACCAUGGCCUUGGACAGUGUAGUCACUGAGGAUCAGGUAUUACAGGAGCUCUUGUCAAGCCUUGUGUUGUACCAUGGCCUUGGACAGUGUAGUCACUGAGGAUCAGAUAUUACAGGAGUUCUUGUCAAGCCUUGUGUUGUACCAUGGCCUUGGACAGUGUAGUCACUGAGGAUCAGGUAUUACAGGAGUUCUUGUCAAGCCUUGUGUUGUACCAUGGCCUUGGACAGUGUAGUCACUGAGGAUCAGGUAAUAUAGGAGUUCUUGUCAAGCCUUGUGUUGUACCAUGGCCUUGGACAGUGUAGUCACUGAUGAUCAGGGUAUACAGGAGUUCUUGUCAAGCCUUGUUUUAUAUUAAUGCCAAAGCUCAUCAGGUGAUGUUUGAAUGCUUGGAUUGCAGAUUGUUGUUGCUUAUCUGUUGUGAUAUGAUGUUGAAUGUGACUGGUUCACAUAUUACACCUUGAAUAUUCCAGGAUUCGUUUAAUAAAAUAUAAUGGUACUAUAUAAUCACUACCAAAAGAAGCAUGAAUACCAUACAUGUUGAUUAAUUAAGAAUGAAGAAUUACUUAUACAUGUAUUCAAGAGAUGUUAGAUUGUAUAUUUAAUGGCAGGUAAUAAUGGAAGAAAAAUAAACUCAGGGAUAUUGAAUAGUCUGUUUAUUUUUGCUAUUGUUGCAUGCAUCAAGCAAUGUAUUCCACCAAUGCAUCAAGCAAUGCAUUCCAUCCGUGCAUCAAGCAAUGUAUUCCACCCGUGCAUCAAGCAAUGUAUUCCACCCAUGCAUCAAGCAAUGUAUUCCCACCCGUGCAUCAAGCAAUGUAUUCCACCCAAGUCAACAAUCUCAUCAAACUCAGAUCUUAUUACGAUUCACCUCACCUCACCGAUCCCCUACCAAAUGGAUGGGUCUCGAGAAUGUUGUGUGCAGCCAUGACAGUAUGUGCCCGCCUCCAGACACGUGCACGGCCGUCUACCAUAUGCAAGAAAAACCGACUUUCAUCAAACAGUGGAUUCUCCACCAUGAUGCAAUAUUCCAAUUUAGACGUUACUCUCUUCUCAUUCAACUUUGAUUGGAAAACAACCUGUUUUGUGUUGAAAGUCGUGAACAGACUGACGAAUAUGUGUGCCUUACACAAUUUACAUACUUUAUUUACACACCUAAGAUGUUUUUUCAUGUGAUCGCAUAGUAAAUUUACAUAUACGGACGUAUGUAUAGUUACACAUGUGUAAAGUUACUUACGUUAGUAAAUGUUGUGCAUGUGAACGGGGUAUAAGACCAUACGAACCGCUUUACGGGUCUGAGUUAACAAGAGACGUUUGAUUGGUCUUCUGGCUCUGCAUCCAGCUGUUUUCAGACGAUUUCUGAUGGUUCUGUUUGAGAUCGCUCUGUACCUGCCAGCCACCGUGCCUUUAAAACUCUAUGGGUAUUGUUUUCAUUGUUUCUAAAUGAUCUGGAACCGUUUUUAUACUCUCAAAACUGCCCUAGUGUUUCUAUUCAAUGUCAGUCACUUAAUGGUCUGUUAGAUCUCUCCGUUGUUUUGUUCGCUUUACUAUAUGCAGAUGGUACAGUUUUGUUAGCUUUUAAUCAUCAAAGUUUACAAAAUAUGUUUGAUAUUUUUCACUUCACUGCAGAAAAUGGAGAUUGCAUAUCAGUACUAGUCAAACAAAAAUUAUAGUUUUUGGUGUUGUACAGACAAGUUGUAAAGAGACAAGAGUAAACAUAUAUUACUAAAUGGCUCACCAAUCGAAUAUGUCACUGAUUAUAAAUAUCUUGGAAUUCACUUUACAAAUAAAAACUCUUUCAAAACUUCUAUUAAAGCAAAUUGUGAAUCUGCCACUAAGGCCAUGUACUUUGUAUUACGCAAAAGUAAAACAUUUAAUCUGUCCAUUAAAUGUCAAUUAUAUCUCUUCGAUGCUAUGGUAGACCCAAUUCUAUUAUAUGGUUGUGAAAUCUGGGGUUUUGAAAAUUGUAAACAAAUUGAAUCUGUUCACCUUAACUUUCCACGUAAAUUACUUCCCAUUAGGAAAAGUACACAUUUAUACAUGUUGUAUGGAGAACUUGGAAGAGUACCUUUAAGUAAUUCUAUCAAAUGCCGAAUGGUAUGUUUUGGGGCUAAGGUCUUAUCUGGCAAAGAACAAAAGUUAUCAAGAAUUCUAUAUCAAAUGUUAUACAUUGAAGUCUGUACAAACAAUAGCUGUAAAAAAUGGAUAAAAUGUUUGGAAAGUAUUUUCAAUGAAACGGGCUUCAGUUUCUAUUGGUUAACAUGGUUAAGCCAACAAGCAAUUCCUCCUAAUGCCCUUAAAUCUAUCAUGUCGUUAACAUUAUCAGAUAUAGCAACUCAUACAUGGAAUGCAGAGAUUACACAUUCUUCUAAAGGUAUCACAUAUCGCAUAUUUAAAACUGAACUCGUCCUUGAAAAGUAUAAAUUAGUUAUCCCUUUCUCGUUGGCUGUAAAAUUCCUUCUGUUUGGAACCUCAUGCCACCAUUUACCUAUUGAACUAGGUAGGUGGCACAACAUCCCUGUCAAGGAACGAACGUGUAAACUCUGCGACAUGAGCGAUGUUGGUGAUGAAUUUCAUUUUAUUUUUGUUUGUCCUUAUUUCAAACCCCAACGGAAACUAUAUGUUCCAAUUUCAUAUGCUAAAAACCCAAAUAUAUUAAAAUUCAAAGAACUUUUUAAUUGUAAAAAAAUAAAUGUUAUUAAGAAACUCUGUACAUUCUGUAAUGUCAUUAUGAAAACUGUAAAAUCUUCCAUGUAAACCAUCCCGCCAUCUUAUGUAUUUACUGUUUGCAUAUUUGUACCUCAUAUGCCGAGGAUCCCGGCCUGAGAGUAAAUAAAGUUCUGUUCUGUUCUGUA